CUACCACUUUGUUUCAAACAGAUCAACAAACCCUAGAGAGGCACAGUGAUACACAGAUCGGAAGAAGGGACUAAAAACUGAGGGAAAAUGAGUCAAAAAAUAAGAACGGCUCCAAAACAAGAUUCUCAGUCCACCGGCACCAUCGCCGUCGCCGAUGCUUCAGCUCAAGUUUCAAUGGACCCAUUUUUCCACAUCCUGAAACUCGUCCCCUACUCUUUCCUCCGCCCUCCGCGCCUCCGCCUUAAGCUCCCCUCCUUCUCCCUUCCGUCGGCCAUGACCGUCUUUUCUCUCAUCCUCCUCACCUACUUUAUGGUGGUUUCGGGCUUCAUCUAUGAUGUCAUCGUGGAGCCCCCCGGAAUUGGCUCUACCCAAGACCCCGCCACCGGCGCAGUCCGACCUGUCGUCUUCCUUCCGGGCCGAGUCAACGGUCACUACAUCAUCGAAGGACUAUCCUCCGGGUUUAUGUUUGUGCUUGGUGGCAUUGGGAUCGUGCUCUUGGAUCUUGCCCUUGAUAAAAACAGGGCUAGGAGUAUCAAGGUUUCGUACUCCAUCGCGGGGAUCUCCUCCGUUGUUAUUGCUUAUGUCCCUGGUUAUCUUUACCAAUCAUUUGAGUUAAAACUAUUUUAUUAAAAAAAAUAAAAGAAUUAAAAACUAUUUAAAUUAAAAACUUAUUCGCAUCAAGAUCCCUGGUUAUCUUAGGUGAAAAUGUUACUUUAUUAGCUAUUAAUUAAGUCUUCUUCAGUUUAGUUGAACAAUUUUGAAUAAAAAGGACCAUCUCUUCACCUUGCUUUCUUUGGGUGUUUUUGCUUGUUGAAGAACCUGAAUUAUGUGAUGUAAAAUUUGCCUUUGGAUUCGAGUUUUAAA